AAGUGACCAUCCCUCUUCUGUCAUAAUCCUCUGACAUUUGCUUUAUCCUCUGAACUGGAAAAGACUUAAAAAUAACUUUAAAGUUUUGAUUCAUCAGAAUGAUUAGAAGGAAGUUCUAAAUGAUUUUGCAUAAAGCAAAUGUCUGCAGAAGAUGCUCAGACUGAUGCUGCAAGUUCAAACCCCCAGCAAGAAACGUUGAGCUAAUCCAUCCAGUGUUAUGUAAGGCAAUGCAGCAGGAUGGACUGACUAUCAUGCAAACCUGCUUAACAUAUCCGUGUACCGAAGCGGAUGAAAAUCCCCGUUUUGGGAGAGCAUCCAAACCAGACGAGGUUUGCUCCUCAGAUAUGGUUAUGUGAUCAUCGCUUUAAACCCAUAAGCCCUCUCUAAUCGGGAAUAUUCCACGUGUGUUCGCUGGAGGGGGUCUGCCGAAACACGUUUUCGAGCAUCAUUUUCAGAUGCGCAGACGGGCUGAGAGGAAGAUGUCCAGCAGCUGCUGCAGGAUGCUCUCCUUCGUGUCUCUGUUGCCUCUCCUGAACGCCACGGCGAGCUUCAGGCCGUGCCCCGACUCCUGCCUGUGCUACAGAUCUUCUGACUUGGUGGACUGCAGGUCUUCUGGAUUGGACCGAGUCCCUGCGGAUGUCCCCAGAGGGACGUGGCUGCUGGAUCUGAGUGGGAACAAGGUGGAAGAUGUGCACACCCGAUCGUUCAUGGGGUUGUGGGCCCUCAGGAUUCUUUUACUGUCCAACAACAGCAUCCACACUCUGCAUCCACAGGCCCUCUCAUCCCUCCAGUUUCUAGAGAGGUUGGAUUUGAGUUUCAACCGGCUGCGCUCCCUCCCUCCAGACUUCACCCAGAGUCUGUCCUCCCUCCAGGAGCUCCGGCUGGACCACAACCUCCUGAAGCACCUGGACUCUGCUUCACUGGAGGACUCUGAUAAUCUGAGGAAACUAGACCUCAGUCACAACCGCAUCCAGGUCAUGGAUGUGAGGGCUUUCAAGAGUCUGAGUCGCCUGCGCCUCCUCAACCUGCAGGGGAACCGUCUGAACGUGCUGGUGAAUGGUCUCCUCAGCAGGCAGCAGGCCCUGGAGGUCCUCCUGCUGGGUCACAACAACAUCUCCACCAUCGAGGCCGAGGCCCUGGCUCCUCUGCGCAGCCUCACACUUCUGGGUCUCCACGGAAACCGGCUGGAGCACAUCAAGUUCAAGACCUUCCUCAAGCUGCAGACCACCAGCACCCACAUCCAGAUGUCCCGCAACCCCUGGAUCUGCGACUGCGACCUGCAGCGCGUCUUCGGCAAGAUCCAGCACGUGCGCCACCUGCACGUGGAGGAUUACAAGGACAUCGUUUGCCACGCCCCUCCGCAGCAGGCCGGGAGCCUCCUGGCCUCCAUGGACAGCCAGCUGUGCAUGGCUGAGACGGCCUCGGUGCUGGUCAUCACCAUCACCGUGAUGAUCGCCGUGAUCGGCGCUCUGAUCAAAGCGGAGCGGAACCGGAAGAACAAGCAAGCCGCGAGCGAUGCUGAGUCUGCAGAAAAAUGAGGGUCAGUCAGUCAGGAAGUCUCACGUUUGAGGAGACAAUACAGCUCAAUACGCAUUCACGUUGAAACGAUACAGUAGGUAACAUUUGACACUAUCGAAUCUAUCAGAGUAUUAUACUUUCUUCAGGCCUAAAGUAACAGCCUUUUUAUUACUGGCAUAUGAAUUAUUACAAAAAAACGUUAUUUUCUAUAGAAAGAAAGGCGAAACAUUGAAUCAAUUACCCCAAAUUAUGUAAUUUUUACAUUUAAAAUAAGUUUUUAUCAAAUUAAAAAUUUGAGCCUUUGGUUUGCUCAACUUAAACCUUUAAUUUGAUAAAGACUAACAUUUUUAAAGGUAACUAAAGCUUUUGUUAACUGAUCCCAUGUUUCACUUUUACAGUGAAUUAAUGUGGAUAUUUAACUCCAAAAACCUAAUAUAUUUAUAUAUUAUUUCCUAUUUGUAUUUCUUUUCAUUUUCAAUGUAUUGCUUCAUGUUAUGCUGUUUCCUAAAUUGUAAAAAAAAUAAAAAUAAAUAAAAAUCAGAAUGACUUCAAAUGCAGAAGAACCAAUGGAGUCAAACUUGACGUUUUUUUUCCCCCUCAAACUGUGAUUUAUUUUUUUCAUUUCAAUAUUGACUGGUGGUAGACUAAAUGUUGCAAACACAAAUCAACAAACAUAAGAAACAUAUUUUUCUUCAGAUUAAUGUUAAACCCCGAAGAAACCACGGAGUCCAAUAUUUUAUGUUUUUUUGUUUUGUUUUGUCAUUUUAUUGGCUUGUGUUAUUUGCUGCUUACCAAAAUGGAAAAAAAAAAAACCUAAUAUUAAACCCUGAAGAAACCAUGGGGUUAAAAAAAAAACAAAUAAAAAA